GUGAAUCUGUUCCUGGCGGUGCUGAAGACGAAAUUCGGCAAGGCCCAAUCCUUCUUCCAGACGCGGGUGCAGGUGUCCACGGAGCAGAGGAAGAACACCAUCAAGCGCUUUCUGGACUGGACAAUGGACAACUGGAAGGAAUUCUCAGCUGAGAGGCUGGCCCAAGAUGCUCAAAGCAGGCAGCGCAUCUCUCUGGACUUCCGCCGGCUGUCCUCCAAUAUCAGGAGGAGCCUGAUUGAAUCGUUUGGGAGCGAAGACAGGGAGGUACAGCGCUCCGGAUGGAAGAAAAUAUCGCUUUACUUUGGGAAGAAGUGGAGGCGGCUGUACAGGCUAAUACGGUGGUCGGUGUUGCGCAAAGAAUUCUCCAAUUUCUUCCUAACCUGCAUAAUACUGAAUACAGUACUUCUGGCGCUCGAAUACGAUGGCAUGCCAAAGAAGAUGGAGGAGGUGAUGGCGACUUUCAACAUAGCGUUCACGGCCCUCUUCACAAUUGAACUGAUCCUUAAAUUCAUUGGCCUCGGUUUUUGGGAAUACGUCAGCGACAACUUUAAUAUUUUUGAUGCCAUCAUUGUCACUUUGGCGUUGCUGGAGAUUGUCUUCGAACAGGGGAGCGGCGUUGUGGCAUUCAGGUCCUUCCGAAGUUUCCAGAUACUCAAGAGCUUCCGGGUGCUGCGCCUGUUCAAGAUGUUUCGCUACCUCCAGUCCUUGAGGAAGAUAGGCGAAGUCUUGCUGUCCUCCGCGUCAUCCUUCAUGGCCAUCGUGCUGCUCAUGUUCCUCUUCAUGGUCGUGUUCGCGAUUGUGGGCCUGCACCUGUACGGCGGCGUCGUACCGCAGGACGAAUUCCCAAACUUCAACUCGUUCCUGAACUCCGUCAUAGUCAUGUUCAAUGUCCUGACUUUAGAAGACUGGGAGAUCAUAAUGUACACGUUCAUGCACGAGACAAACUUCGGAAGUGUAUUCUUCUUCAUCGGAUGGGUCGUCCUUGGCAAGUACAUUUUUCUGACUCUGUUUUUGGCCGUUACACUGGAAGCCUUCGAGUCAAAGUACGACGCGGAGGCUGCAUCGGAGGCGUACAUUGCUUACAAGG